AUGGUGAAGUUGCCUGACGGCCGGAGCGCCCUCCUCAUUCCGCUAGGCGGAAAUGGUACAAACGCAACAUCUACUUCUUCUACUCCCGGUGGUGCAGCUGUUGCUGGUGGUGGGCUAACGCUGAGUGGAACUGCUGGAAUGAAUCCGUCUACUUUAUCGGGCGGAGUAAUGCAGCUUGGUAAUGGGGAACACGGUCCCGCUUCCGCCGCGUAUCCAGCAGCUUUUGAAAUGCAAAACGAGACUGUCAGAAAUGUCGGCAAACUAAAUCAGGGUAGUCUUGGUUUUCCAAUGAAUAAAGGUCAGCCCCAAGAAGAACACGCUGCUCUGCCCGCUUGGGGAGCGCAAGAACAGUUCAACACGGAACUGUUUCCAUCUCCAAGCAACUACGCACAUCAGCGGAGCCAGAGCCAGGCUGGAGCUCAAGACAAUCACAACGUUGUUUUUGCGGCUGCACGAGAGGAUGACGCUGAGCAGACCUUGAAAGAGAAACACGAGCGCUUCGUUGCCUACGGAAAGCAGAUCCAGGACGAGUUGGAGUACAUGCAGGGAAUGCUGCUCAGCACAGCCGAUAAAAACGUGAAAGACGAAGACAACAACUCUCGUCAAGCGCAAGCAGAACUGCUGGCUGAUCAUCCUGAAG